AUGACGCAACCCACCUCGAAACCGGCCAACACCGCCAACCAGCGGGCCGUGCACCCCAACCUGCACGCGAACGGACAGCGGGAUAGGUCUCCAUGGUGCCAGUACUGCCACGAAGAGGCGUACCAUUUGCAUGAGAAGUGUCCCACCCGGACCACGCUGUGGCAAGACCGUCGGCCAGGCGUAACGCCGCCGGGAAAUGCCAAACCAGGCGGUGGUACCACGCACCACCCGUCAGCACCCCGCACCGAGUCAUCGACGUGCGACGGCACAUCACCGGCAUCCCCGACGCCCCUAGCACCACCAGCAGGGCCUGACUGCACACCAUCGCCACCCAUCAUACCAGGCGGUGGUGCCACGCACCACCCAAAAGCACCCUGCACUAGGUCGUCGGCGUGCAUCGCCGCGCCACUGGCGGACCCGACGUCCCCGGCACCACCCGUGGGGCCUGACCGAGUACCAUCGCCACCAGUCAUACCAGGUGGUGGUGUCACGCACCACCCAAAAGCACCCUGCACCGGGUCAUCGGCGUGCGAUGCCACGCCACUGGCGCCCCCAGCGUCCCCGGCACCACCUGCGGGGCCUGACCAUGCACCAUCGCCGCAGCUGGGGCAAGCUGGGAACAACGUGGAAAUGCUGAUGCGGGUGCCAGUCCUCCUCAAUGGCCAACCCGUCCACCCUACUGGUGGACACCGCGGCGAGCCACACGUAUGGAUCGCCGUCAGGGACAUGUGUAGUCGGACAACAGCCCUGGUGGUGCCGGAGCUGAGGAACGACUUGAUCCUGGGGCUGCCGUGGCUCAUCUUGGAGGAUGCCGCCAUUGACGUAAGUUAG